GUAUACAUAGCAGAGUUAUCGAGUUCUAAUUUGCGAGGAAUGUUAGUAGGUGGCUUUCAGCUGUUUCUAGGCGGUGGGAUGCUCCUCGUGAAUGCUUUGGGUUGGUGUAUAUGACCAGGUGUUAAUUUAAUGUCAAACCUCCUCCACGAUAAUAUGUGUGGAGGAUAACGUGUAGAGAUUUCCCAUACCCGGGAUUUGGCUUUCAUACGUUUGGUUGGCCGUUGCUGGGUGUGCGAUAUCUGUACUUUUAAUAGUACUGAUGCUGUUUAUGCCAGAAACACCACAUUAUUGUAUCAUCAAACAUGAGCGGAACAAGGCAUUGUCAGUCCUAACGUGGUUACGAGGCGAAGACUAUGAUAUUGAACAGGAAUAUAAGAAUAUUGCACUUGAUUUACUAUCUACAGAAUCUGCUGGUUUUCACUACAGAGAGUUCUUUCAGCCGAAUCUGUAUAUACCGUUAGCGAUCACCGUAACUUUGAUGAUGCUUCAACAGUUCAGUGGUAUUGAUGCCGUUAACUUCUACACUGUUACUAUCUUUCAAAGGUCAUCUCUAUCAAUAAAUGACCACGUAGCGGUCAUUAUCGUAAUUGCUGUGCAAGUAGUGGUGCCAUUUGUAUCAGUUACACUCAUCGACAGGUGUGGACGCAAAAUUCUUUUAAUUGUGGCUGGAGCUGGAAUGUGUUUAAGUGCGUCUACAUUUGGAAUAUACUAUAAGUUAACAGAGAACGUGAAUGUAAAUUACACAGAAUGGACAGCAACAACCCCACCAACAUCAUUAGAUCUCACAUGGUUGUCUUUAACAAGUUUAAUUGUGUAUACGUCAUCGUUUUCGCUUGCUUGGGGUUCUAUCCCAUUCCUGAUUAUGUCAGAGAUUUUGCCAACUAAAGGAAAGGGACCUGCGAGUGCACUUGCGACAACAGUUAAUUGGUUGUCUUUAUUUGUAGUAACAAAAACGUUUCUCAAAAUGUCGGUUGUGAUGACGGACGCCGGAGUGUUCUGGUUCUUUGGAGGUGUUUGUUUUCUCAGUACCAUUUUUGUUGCUCUCUGUGUUCCUGAAACGAAAGGAAGGUCAUUGGAGGAAAUAACAAAGUAUUUCAACCGCUAUAAGCAUCGUGGUGAUAUUUGUAGUUGAUAAAAUAGUUAUUCUGCGGUCGGCGCGGUUCUUGUUUAUUUUUUAGGUGAUGAUGACAACGUCCGAUUUGUACAUUGUAAGAACAGGUUUAAUAAUUGUUGUAGCUAAUUGUAUUUUUUAUUGCAUUUACUCGUGAAAAUAAUGAUGACGAUAAUGAGGAAGAUGAUGAUGAUGAUGAUAAUAAUAAUAAUGAUAAUGAUAGUGACGAUUAAGACCUACGAUAAUAAUAGUGAUUUCCUAUGAUGAUAAUGAUUAUUAUGAUGGUAAUGACGAUGGUAUAGUGGAAACCCCUUUAACAAUAAUUUUAACAAUAAUUAUAAUAAACAUAUAGACCUAGGAAUGUUUUUUUUUUUAUCUUUUUCAAUUUGUAUUGAUACUUUAUUUUUAUGCAAUUUCGUUUCAAUUUCAAUUGUUUUGUGUUACUUUUUAUCAUUGCAAAUGAAGUUGCUUCAUUAUGUGCUGCUGCUGACUGUCUUUUUUAUCCCCGAAUAAAUAAAUAUAAUUAAAGGAAAAAAUAAA